UCCACUGUCUUCAUCGAAGUCGAAUUGAAGCAUUGAAAGUCAAAAGGUCAACAAUGAAGCUUUCUAUAAUAUCUGUUCUUUUCGUUUUUGUUCUCUUUACUGGCACAUUAGCUCAAGCCACAACAGACCCUGAGCUAAAGCAAUGCAAACACCAAUGCAAAGUCCAAAGGCAAUAUGGUGAGGAUCAGAAGAGACAAUGUAUGCGGAGGUGUGAGGAGUAUUACAGAGAGAAGGAGCGAGAGCGUGAAAGAAGAGAAGGAGAAGGAGAAGGAGAAGGAGAAGGAGGAGGGAGAGGCUCUGGUCAUAGAGAAGAAGAUGACUGGGAUGUUUCAAGUACUACUGAUCCUGAAAAGAGGCUGAGAGAGUGCCAAAGGCAGUGCGAGAGGCAAGAGGGACAGCAGCGAACACUUUGUCGACGUCGGUGCCAAGAGAGUUAUGAAAGAGAGCGCGAAAGAGAAGAAGAAGGAGGGCGCGGUGAAAGAGAGCACGGAAGAGAAAAGGGAGGAGGGCGCGGAGGAAAAGAAGAGGAAACUAAUGAAGAAGCAGAGGAGAACCCUUAUGUGUUCGAUACUGACCAAUUUACUGAAAAAGUUAGGACCGAACAUGGAUCUAUUUCUGUUCUCCCGAGGUUUACUAAGAAAUCAAAACUUCUACGUGGAAUUGAAAAUUAUCGUGUGGGAAUUCUUAAAGCUAAUCCUCAAACGUUUGUAGCUCCUAGCCACUGGGAUGCUGAUGCUGUUCUCGUCGUUGCUAAAGGACGAGGAACUGUAACUCUGAUCCAUGAGGAAGGAGAGAAAAGGAGCUUUAACAUCGAAGUCGGAGAUGUCAUGAGGGUUCGUGCAGGCACUCCUGUCUAUGUCAUCAACAGGGAUGAUAAUGAGAAACUUUAUAUUAUCAAUUUCAUCCAACCUGUCAAUCUUCCUGGCGAGUUCGAGGCAUUCCGUGCAGCAGGUGGUCGUGAAGAUGAGUCUUUUUACAACGCUUUCAGCUGGGAGCUGCUCGAGGCUGCCUUUAAGACUGAUAGGAGGAGGAUAGAACAAUUAAUUACACAAAAGCAAGAGGCGAUUGUAAAAGCCUCUAAGGAACAAAUCCAAGCUAUGACGCACCGUGAUCAGGAAGGUGGCACCAUUUGGCCUUUUGGAGGAGAAUCAAGUGGCGCCCCAUUCAAUCUUCUACACAAACGCCCCGUUCAAAGCAACAACCAUGGUCAGCUCUUUGAAGCUAGACCUAAUGAUCACAAGGAGCAGCUACAAGAUCUCGACCUUAUGAUUUCCUUCGCCAACAUAACUAGAGGAUCAAUGGCUGGACCCUUGUACAAUUCAAGGGCGACCAAGAUAGCAAUCGUUACGCAGGGUGAGGGCUACAUGGAAAUGGCCUGUCCUCACUUAAGCGGUGGUUCUGAGCACCAAGGAAGGAAGGGUCAAACUUACGGGCGAGUAAGGUCGCGAUUGCGACCUGGCACAGUAUUCAUUGUCCCUGCAGGCCAUCCAGUAGCCACAGUAGCUUCUCCCAACAAUAACCUGGCAGUACUUUGCUUUGAGGUUAAUGCCCAAGGCAACAUUAGAUAUACUCUGGCAGGGAGAAAUAAUAUUGUGAGACGGUGGGAGAGGGAAGCGAAAGAGUUGGCUUUUGGCGUGCGGGCAAGAGAAGUGGAUGAGGUUUUCGAAAGCCAAAAUGAAGUGUUCUUCUUUCCGGGGCCACGAAGGCAAGAGUGGCAGGGUCGUGCAUCAGCAUGAAAGCUAAGGAUGGGAGUGCGAAAAGAAAUAUAAAUAAAAAGGAAAAGAGGUGUUAAUUCGUCUGAGAGAGAAAAGUGAGCAAACCCAUUUAGGGUCUUUGUAAUGUGAAUACUGUAAUGUUGUUUUGAUAACAUAAAUAAGGGGAAGGAAGAGUAGUACAUGUGAAUGGAUAUGUAAAUGUGAGGAUCACUGCUCACCGGUGCCCUACUGCUGCUUAUUAAAUAAAAUGCUAUAUUUUCACUA